AUGUUCACUGUUCCAGACGUUGAUCUCCUAAAGUUGUGUUUAGAUGCACGUGAAGUUCUCCUAACUUGGAGAAAAAAGCGGCCUGAUUUAAUAUCAGAAAAUGCCAUUCAACAAUAUAAUGAUUGUUGGGCAUAUGUCUUAGCUCGAGGUCUGUCUGCCGUGACGAAGCAGUUUGGAACUACGGAUCUCAUGCGUCUCCCUACUCCAAAGAAGCUGCUCGCUCAGAUUGAUCAAAAUCUUUUGAUAAAAACAUUCAAAUUCAAAUUUGCAGUGGUUCCCAAAAUCUUAGGACCGACUUUGACUAACUGGGUUUUCUCUGACCAUGAUCUGUUUCGUUAG